UAAGUAACGUGUAAGCUUGACAUAUCAUCUUGGCAUCACAUUUAUAUGCAGUUGCCAAAUAACUAAAUAUACUCCUCAUGAAGACGUCGAGUGGUUAGCGAACGACAACUACGACACGGCCGACAAUCUCUUAAGUGAACUUACCGACACUGAGUUGGACAGUCUGUUGAAAGACCUACAUAUACCCAAACAGCAAGGUGAUAUCAUAUUGAACAAGAAACAACUUGUACAGAAGAUAACGAACAUGGAACUCAUAGAGCUUUACAAAAACAGAAACCUACCAAAUGAAGUCGACCUACAUGAUAGACCCAAAGGAAAAACUCACAGGGAGGACAAUUUUAUACGAGAAGUUGUCAAGAAUUACAAGGUCAAGCAUUUAAAAAGGAAUUCCCAUAGUAGGAAACGUGUUAAACGAAAGAUUAAAACCCCUUUCCUAGAGCGGUGGAGCUUUCCAAUAAGAUACAGUAUAGACACUGUGUUCAGUGACGAAGAGAAAACUAAAAUACGAGAGGGUCUUCAGACCUGGGAGGAUGCUACUUGCGCCAGCUUUAAGGAGUCGAACGACACAACUAUCCCUGCUUUGUUUUUCAUAUCAGAAUCUGGAUGUUUUUCGUAUAUUGGUCCCAUAGGCAUAUAUGAAAGGAUUAACUUAAUAUCGUUGGCGAAGAGAGGCUGUGUACAGAAAGCAAUAAUAGAGCACGAGAUCGGUCACGCCCUUGGUUUGAUUCACGAGCAAACAAGGCCGGACAGGGACUCUUACAUCUCUGUGAACUGGGCCAAUAUAAAACAUGAUUCUAGAAGACAGUACGAUAUUGUAUCGUUGCAAGAUCAUCGAACAUACAAUAUAGAAUAUGACUAUGGAUCAGUUAUGCAGUAUGGGAAAGAGUAUUUUAGAAUUGGUAAAUUGGUAGACACUAUGAAUGCAAAACAUGAAAUGUAUGACAACGUAAUGGGACAAAGGGUUGGACUUUCCUUUUCUGACAUCAAAAUAUUUAACAGAGAAUAUUGCAGUGGUGCGUGUAAUGGCUAUAGAAAUCUAGAGUGGCCGGAUUGUCAACAUGGAGGAUAUAGGGACCCAAAUAAUUGUGACGUGUGUAAAUGCCCGGAUGGAUGGACUGGAUCUAUAUGCAACAUGAUUACUCCACAGGCACCUGCUGAUGUUGUAUGUGGAGGUGAGCUUAAUGUGACGACCCUACAAGAGGAAUUAAUGACUCCUUCAUAUGCUCUUGGAUACAACAAUGCUACCUCGUGUACGUGGCUGCUAACGGCGGACAAAGGUUCUCAUGUUAUAGCCUCAUUUGUGGGAAACUUUGGAACUUACUGCAUAUAUGACUAUUGUAUUACCGAUUGGGUUGAGGUCAGAUACAACGACUUACACCACACUGGCCCAAGAUUCUGCUGUGGAACGAAACCAAAUGAAUUAUUUGUUUCUAGAGGAAAUCAGAUGAUGAUUCUAUUCCGUUCAAAUAUAAGAUGGUUAGAUCCAGGCUCGACACACAAUCCUAACGAUGGAUUUAAACUACAAUUCUCUUCAACACCGAGGGUUGGUCGGCGUCCCUGCGGAACUCUAAAAUUGUCUGGUUUGUCGCAAUCCCGAAAGCAACAAUGGCGAACAGGAAUGUUUAAACUGCAGUCGAUGCCAUGGAACUCAAGACCAGUUUACAAACACCUAGUUGAGCCAGUGUUCAUGUUUCAUGACAGUGGGUAUUGGCUCAUAGGAUCAACUAUUGGGGAAACUCAAUCGGGGAUGCGAGUGUUCAGUUCAGCAUUGCAACCACAAGACGUAACAGAGGUCUGGCAAUCUUUUAAUGGUACAACGUGGGUAGCUGAGUCGAGUCUUGUUACCUCAUGCUCUUCUUUAUGUGACACUAUUUGGUUGAGUGGCGUUUCAAGAAGAGGUCCACAUAGUUAUAUAUUAGGAGCUUACACAUUUGUAGCCAAUGAUCAAAACGGUGCACCGAUCUACAAAAAAGUUACAAAACAUUUGGAAGUCACAAUAAGCAUGUCUGGUGGCAAUAAAUGGAGUAUUGUAUCCGAGUUUGAAACUAUAACGACAUCAUUUACAACAAAGAUAACGAAUCCAGUAGAAAUAUCAAACACAUGGACCGUGGCAUCUGGUUCAAUAGUUUUUGAGUGUUACUUUGGCCCUGGAGACACAUGUCGUGACGUGAGAUUAACUGGUGGUAUUGACCAAAAAACAAGACAGGGGAUUUAUUCAUUAUAUGGUCCCUUGUACAAUGGAAGACCUGUCUACAUUCAUGAGAGUGGUAUUGGAUACCUGUUCCAUGUGGUCAUUGAUCAGGCGACACGGUUAUGGUACAAUGCAGAUACUAUUGGUGUGAUCGAGUCAGGGUUUCUUGAAAAUGGUAGAUUACGUGUCCAGGACACUGCUAUGACAGCUGAUGGUAUAACGGGCGAAUGGGAAGCAUAUUCAUACUCAGUUCUAGACUGGACUAUCCAACCAUAUAUGACAACAACAUGUGUCAUGAGUUCCUGCAAUGAAUAUAUAAAGCUAGUUUGGACUGAGUGUCAGCAUGGAGGAUAUAGGGACCCCAGUAAUUGUGACGUAUGUAAAUGCCCGGAUGGAUGGACCGGAGCUACAUGCAAUAUAAUUAGCUCACCUGCUGAUGGGGUAUGCGGAGGCGAGCUGAAUGUGACUACACAAAUAGAAACACUAAUGACACCCUCAUACAAUCUUGGAUACACCAAUGCUACAUCGUGUACAUGGCUCUUAACAGCGAAUAAAGGUUCCCAGAUAACAGCCUCAUUUAUUGGAGACUUUAGUAUUAACUGUAUAUCCAAUGAGACGGAAAAUUUAGAUUGUGCUUCUGACUGGGUCGAAGUCAGAUACUAUGAUUUACAGCAUACAGGACCAAGAUUCUGCUGUGGUGUGACUCCAAAUGAAACGUUUGUGUCACAAGGAAACCAGAUGAUGAUUCUGCUGCGUUCAAAUAAAAGAUUGAAUGUAUCAGGCAGUUCUUAUAAUAGAUUCAAACUACAAUAUUUUUCAAAGAAAAGGGCUGAUAGUCUUCCAUGUGAAAGUCUCAAAAUAUCAGGUUUGAUAUUUUCCAUCAAUCAACGAUGGCGAACAGGAAUCUUCAAAUUGCAGUCGAUGCCAUGGAACUCCAGACCAGUUUACAAACACCUACUUGAGCCAGUGUUCAUGUUUUAUGACAGUGGAUAUUGGCUUACGGGGUCAUCUAUCGGGGACACUACUCAACCAGGCAUACGAGUACUUAGUUCAGCAUUGGAGCCAAUGAAUGUGACAGAGGUUUGGGAAUCCUUCAAUGGUAAAAUUUGGAUAACCGAACCAGAUUUGGUUUCUUCAUGCUCCGCUAUAUGUGACACUAUUUGGUUAAGUGGCUUCUUACAUAAUGGACCACGUGGUUACUUGUUAGGAACCUAUAGCUUUGUGAAUAACGAUUCAAAUGGUGCAGCGAUCUACAAAAAAGUUACAACACAUGGAGAAGUCACAAUAAGCAUGAUUGAUGGUAAUAAAUGGAGUAUUGUAUCAGAGAAUGAAACUAUAACCACACCAUUUACAACAAUCAUCACAAACCCAGUAGAACUAUCAAAAACGUGGACGGUGGAAUCAGGCAAAGCGAUAGUUCUUGAGUGCUACUUUGGUUCAGAAGAGACCUGUAGUAAUGUCACACUGAUGGGGGGCACUGCACCUAA